ACCAAAUCUUGGACCACGCAUGGGCUUGAACAGUAGUCAUUCAUUUUUGGCAGCUCGAGGAGACUGCGCCUUCAGUUGACUGGUCAAAGACCAGCAACAAUGUGGACACUCCAGCCUAGAGACCCAUCGGUCGACUCCAAGACCCCUACCUUCGAGGCUUGAUCUUAACUUGGCAGAUGGGGUCAACAACUACAAAUAUGUCGACGCGGUGCCAUUAUUUGUGCACAUGGUGUUCUGAUAGAGACUUGUUGCACUCCGAACACCCUCCCAAACGACCCUUUCUCCUUCCCUAGGACAGCAUUCAUCCGACAAGAUGCAAUACUACUCUGUGGUUGUCGUCGCCGCGCUGGCCGCGCUUGGAUCGACUCAGAGUGCUCCAGACUUCCCAAUUGAUGUUACCAGUUCUUUGCGUGUCAACUAUGAGAAUGGACCCACCCUUGGGAACAAUCCUGGCGUUAUGCUGACGCGAGAAGAUACAUUGGAUGCGCCGACUGGGUUGGGCCCAAGAGGGACGACAAGGCAGGGCACAUACGUUUUAAUCAUGGUCGACCAAGAUGUACAGCUAGAAGAGGGUGCCGACCGAGUACAGCUUCUGCAUUAUCUACAGCCAAAUCUCUUUGGAUCCGAAAUCCUGUUCUACGAUGAGUCAGCGCCGAACGCGACGACAGCUACCGGAGCCCCCUACAUUGCCCCCAACCCUCCAGCAGGUGAUAUUGCCCACAAAUACACCUUUCUCAUGUAUCGACAACCUGUUGGAUUCGAGAUUCCAUCCGAGUUUGCCUCCAUCAACCCCCCUGCCACUGUGAAUGACAGAAUUGGAUUCGAUGUUGAGGCCUUUGUCCGAGCUGCCGGGCUUGUCGAUAUCAUUGGCGCAACAUGGUUCCAAGUUCAGAACAAUGCAACCGACGACUCUUCCAGCAGCAGCGGCGGCAGCAGCUCCACGACAGAGUCGUCAGCAUCCACAACUACAGAGUCGGAUUCAGGCUCCCAAACCUCAGCCGCCGAAAGCACCAGCACUAUUGCAACCGCUACAGCAACUACAAGCGGAGACUCGUCGAGUACGGGCACCGGUGCCGGUUCAACAGCCAGUGCAACUGCCAGUGCAACUGGGACAAAUGACAAUGCGGCCGGUAUGGUCACAGCGAGUGGCAGUCUAUCUCAAAUGGCUAGUGCCAUCAUCUUGGCAGCUUUUGGAAUGUGGUUCCUGUAAGGGAAACAUCCUACUUGGAUUGAAGGGAACUCAAGUUGCCAUGUCUAAUGUAACAAAACAAAAUAUGGAAUAUAUCAUAUGGACCUCAGCAUCUAGGAAGGCUGUUUUAGGGUCGGCCAAAUAAUUGCAGAUUUUCCAUGUCCGAAUACCGUCCUCCGCAUCUUCCGUCCAGAGUGACUCCCACAACACCUCCCAAAUGACAACACCCUAUCGUGAGGUCAGAAUGAGCCAUCGCCGAUUUCACAUGCCCACAAAGACCGAGGUACUUUCUGGCUAGCCAUUU